AUGUCUACUGGGACGCUGGCGGGCCCCCUCCGGCGCCUGGCUGAGGGAGGGGCUGUUAAGGGCAAGCCCCGCGCCUGGGUGCUGCCCCGUUCCGGCGCCCCGGGGCAGGGAGAGGAGGGGGCAGAGCUGCGGACGCCCCGCGUGGACCCUGUUCUGCCCGGACUGGAUCUGAGGUACCCGCUCCGCGUCGGGGAAACCGCCCUGGGAAGAUUUGUUCCUGAAAGGAUGGUCCCUUUCAGUUUCCCUCUGUCAAAGUGUGCACUUUGGGACCCAGUUCCUAUGGGUGAUGGCAUUGGCUCACAUAUUACCUAUUACAGAAACCCAAAGUUAUCUAUGAUGGAGAAAACUUUGCGACUUGCCUAUCGCCAUGCUAAGCAGAAUGAAAAGAAAUUAUUUUCCUGUUUUUUGCUUGGGACUCUUGCAGUAGAUGAAGAUGGGGAAGGUGUAACACUAACAAUAGACCGCUUUGAUCCUGGUCGAGAAGUUGCUGGUGGAUCGGGCAAAAUUCCAUCUGCGCCUCUUCCUGGAGACUUUUUGAUUCCGUGUACAGUCAAUGCCUGGGGACCUUCUUCAGACAACAUUGUAGUGCACAGUGCUGAAGAUAUCAGCCUGGCUUUCAAGGGUCUGCAGCACAGUCUGUGCAGUAAAGAAUCACUGGACACAGCCCUAGCAAGAAAUUUGAACAGUCCUAUGAAUAUUGCACAAGUUCAAGGAACUUACAAAUGUGGCUACCUUACUAUGGACCAGACACGAAAAUUGCUUUUGCUGCUCGAGUCUGAUCCCAAGGCUUAUGCUCUGCCAUUAGUUGGAGUUUGGCUGAGUGGAGUUACUCAUAUCUGUAGUCCUCAAGUCUGGGCCUGUUGCUUGCGAUAUUUAUUCAGUUCUUCAAUUCAAGAAAGGGUUUUUUCAGAAUCUGGGAGUUUUCUUAUUGUGCUUUAUUCAUUGACACACAAGGAACCAGAGUUUUAUGAGUGCGUUCCAUGCAGUGGACAGGCUGAACUAGGGUUUCAGAUCUUAACUUGCAAUGAAACAGUGCACCUCUUCAAAAAUGUUGAACCUUCAGACAAGAGCCGCAUCCAGUUUGAGUUGAGUGCAGAAAACCAAAAUGCAGAAACUGAGUUCUUCAGCAGAGUUUGCAAGAAACUUCCUAUCAGAAGUCCUCCCCUAGGCUGUUCACCCAGCAAGUUGUCAGCAAGCGAUCACGACUCCGGUGUAGAAGAUGAGGAUUUAUCCCCCAGACCAAUUCCAAGUCCUCACCCAGUGAGUCAACAGGUUACCAGGAUCUUUCCUUCAGUUCCUGAACUGUCACUUGUUUUGGAUGGGAGUUUCGUAGAAUCAUUUUGUGCAGCCCACUCACCGUGCCUGCACAUGCCCGCUUCUAAAGCGGGAUCAGAUAAUGGAAUGAUGGGAUUAUCGCCAGAUGCCUACCGGGUUCUUACAGAACAAGAUAGACAACUCAAAUUACUUCAAGCUCAGAUCCAACGCUUAUUGGAAGCACAGGCUCGUCAGGCUUGUUCCUCUGAACCAGCUGCGGCUAGCUGUGCUCUGCAGCCUGAGAAGCAAGGGGACCUUGUUUCUAUGGAAACACAGUCCUCACCGGGUUCACACAUGAGGAAAAGUGUGAGCAUUGCUGUCAGCACAGGUGCUAGCUUGUUUUGGAAUACAGCCUCAGAAAAACAAGACAACUCCAUACCGCAAGGGAAGAAAGAGGAUGAAGAGAUUUCUAAGGAAGACAUAAGCAUCUCAAUUAAUGCUGAACAAGAUGCAAGUAAUACAAGUAUUGCUUCUUCCUUAAAGGUGGUUGACAUGCCCAGCUUCGUAGACAGUAUUCAUCUUGUGGAAGAAGGAACUAAUCAGAACACUCUCCAAAAUGGAAACGUUUCCCAAGCACUUGUUCGCAGUUCAUCCUUGGAAGAAAGUAUUAGCGUGUCUGUACAGAAAGAACCAACAGAGGGAGCCAGCAACCACGUGGUGGUAACAAGUGAGCAAAACUCAGAGCCACCCGCCUCGUUGCUGCCUCGGCAUCCAUCAGAGGAUCAGAAGCUUUACCGGGACUUACUGGGCCAAGUAAACCACCUCUUAAAGUCCUCGGAAGAGAAAGAUCACUUGCCUGUUAAAGCAGGAUUUGUUAAUGAUGAUGGUCCUGAGUAUCAGAAUAUUGAUGAUACAACAGAAAUGGCUUCAGAGACUGACACAGGAGUGGUGGACAAAGAGAGUGUGAUUAGUGCUACACUCAAACAACUGAAGAGUCUUGGAGUGACAAUUGACUCGCCUGGCAAAAUGAAGAAAAAUACACACAAAGUGGAGAAUGCCAGCAUCUUAGCAUGCAUAAAUCCUGAAGCAGUUGUUCCCGGACUAAAUUAUAUGUCAUUUGCUAAUGUCAGCAUGUGUGGCUUAACUCCUAAUGUUGUUGAUCUGAGCAUGGAAGCAAACGCUAUAGCACUCAAGUAUCUCAGUGAAAAUCAGUUAUCUCGACUUUCUUUCAGUCGCUCAGGCCAAAAUCCUCCUGCAGAUUUCUCUUUCCAAGACCUGUGGCAUACAAAUAUGGAUAAGAGUAUGGUGGGUCUUAGCUUAAUUUCACCAAACAAUAUGUCUUUUGCAACCAAGAAGUACAUGAAGCGAUACGGACUGAUUCAGGGCAAUGACAGUAGUGAAGACGAAGAGGAACGGCAGGUUCAAGACGGCAGUUCUGGCGCUGUCAAAAGCGAAAGCGUGCUGAACAAAAACUGUACCCCUGUGUUGGAUGGCUUCAACCACUGGACUGAAUUAUCCAAAAGAACUGAUGGAAGACUUCCCAUUCAUCUAAAAAGUCACAGCAGAGAGUUGACUUCUAAUGCUUCUCCACCAGAAUUAAACAGCCCUGUGUUGAGAAAUAUUACAAAUGAAAUUUUGCCUCCCAGAGCAGAUCAAGCAGAUGAAAACUCAGUUCAGAUAUUAAAGGAUUUAAAAUCAAAAACCAAGUUGUUUCCUGGGAGAGUUGAAUUCACUGAACAACCUGGCAGGAAAGAUGAGGGAGAUAUUCAGGUCUUCCCUGGAAAUCUGCAUACUCCGGCCGUUGAAACAUUAAACCAGUCGAACAGCAUGAAUUCUGUCGGCACCAUUCUUGAUGUGAAACAACUCAGGCAGUUGCCAAAGUUGUUCUGAACAUCCCCCGAGAUGGCUGGCAACCACUUUUCCAAUCUGAGAGGGACCUCUCUGUAAAAGACUACAGGAAACCAAGGAUUAAGCUAUCUUUGAAGAGGCCGCUCUGUUGUAGCAACGUAAAACUCGCAGAACAGAGUUUUCAGCCCAGGUCGGGGACAGCCACCUCUAAAUGCCUG